AUGGCAGUAAAAGUCGCGUUGUUGUGCCUCACUGUCUUCCUUGGCAGCAAUGCCUUCCCACUUGAGGAGGAACAGGACAUGUCCGUCUUCUUCGACCACACCGACGCUAGCGCUCGCAUCAUCGGCGGCAGCAACGCCGGCAACGUUCCUCACCAGGUGGCGCUGACCACCGGCAACUUGUCCCGCACCAAGGUGUGCGGAGCCAGUCUCAUUUCCAAUAGACACGUGCUCACUGCCGCCCACUGUAUGAGAUCCGUCGGUGGCAACAACCCUGUCAGCUCCCUCCGCGGAUGGGCGGGCACUAACCGCUGGGCGAGCGGCGGUACUUCUAUACGGUUCAGCCGCGGCCUCAUGCACCACCUUUACCACCACGCUACCAUAAAGAACGACAUCGGUAUCUACACUGCCAGCGCGAAUAUACCUCUCUCCUCUUCCGUACAAGUCAUCGCUCUGAGCUGGGAUUUCAUUGGAGCUAAUGUGCAGACCAGAGUUACCGGCUGGGGUGCUACCUCGCAUGGAGGUCCUCUUUCUCCCAAUCUUCUGGAGCUUCGCGCUCCGACUGUAGACGGCCAGCGCUGCGUGAACGAAGUCCGCCGCGUGGCCGCGCAGGUCAACAUCAGAGUCCCGCACGUCGACCCCGCCAUCGAGAUCUGCACCUUCCACUCUCCCGGCCGCGGCACUUGUCACGGUGACUCCGGCAGCCCCCUGGUGCGCACUGACCGCAACCAGCAGAUCGGCAUCGUGGCGUGGGGAGUUCCCUGUGCCCGUGGCGCUCCUGACAUGUUUGCGCGUGUGAGCGCCUACAGGACCUGGAUUCAAAACGCUAUGCCCUUACCACUGGCGGAGGAACAGGACAUGUCCAUCUUCUUCGACCACACCGACGCCAGCGCUCGCAUCGUCGGCGGCAGCCACGCCGGCAACGUUCCUCACCAGGUGGCGCUGACCACCGGCUCCGGGACCCGCAGCAAGGUGUGCGGAGGCAGCAUCAUUUCCAACAGGCACUGCCUCACCGCCGCCCACUGCAUGAGACCCGUCGGUGGCAACAACCCUAUCGGCUCCCUCCGCGCAUGGGCAGGCACCAACCGCUGGGCGAGUGGCGGCCAUGGUAUCCAAUUCAGUCGCGGCCUCAUGCACCCAAAUUACCACCAUGCUACCAUCAAGAACGACAUCGGUAUCUACACUGCCAGUGCGAAUAUACCUCUCUCCGCUUCCAUACAAGUCAUCGCUCUGAACUGGGAUUUCAUUGGAGGUAACGUUCAGACCAGAGUUACCGGUUGGGGCAGAACCUCGCAUAAUGGUCCUCUUGCUGCCACUCUUAUGGAGCUUCGCGCUCCUACAGUAGACGGUCAACGCUGCGUGAGCGAAGUCCGCCGAGUGGCCUCGCAGCUUGGCAUGAACGUGCCGCACGUCGACCCCGCCGUCGAGAUCUGCACCUUCCACUCUCCCGGUCGCGGCACUUGCAAUGGUGACUCUGGCAGCCCCUUAGUGCGUUCUGACCGCAACCAGCAAAUUGGCAUCGUAGCGUGGGGGAUCCCCUGCGCCCGCGGCGCGCCCGACAUGUUCGCGCGCGUCAGUGCCUUCAGGACCUGGAUUCAAAACAAUAUGCGUUAAUUAACAAAGAAUAUUUAAAAAUAAAUAUUUUGAUACCAAUUAAUUCUUUUAAUAUUAACCCAUUUGAGGUCACUGUACGCAACUGAGUACAGACAUAUCCAUAGGUGUAGAUUGUAGAACUCUGAAAGUUAAGUAGGGUAAUCAUGUAAUUUUACUUUAUUAUAAAACUGUUUAAAUAUUUUGUUAAACAUUAUGCGGGUAGUCUGACAUUUUUUGAUAAAUAGUGUCAGUUGAAGUUUCAUCACGGAAACAUUGUGCACGUAAGUGAAUGAUAUUAUAUUUUUUUUCAUAACCAUCGAUUAAAAGUUUGUUUUUUCAUAACAUGUGUAGAAAAUAGAUGUCAAAGUAAGAUUUGAAUUAGAAUUCAAUAAGUUAUUUGCAACCACAA